GAAAAUGAAUGAGAGAAAGGGAACGAAUCCCAGAGACCAUUGGAAAAAAUAGCGCACCAGAGAAACUCUCAUUUUGCGGGUCCAACGAAACCAGACAGACCUAAAGCAGCCACUUCAACAGUAGAAUCAACACCCCAAAGAGGUUUGCAGAGGAAGGUAUCUUUUUGAUUAGCUGAACUCUGGUUUGUUUUUUAGUGUUUCUAGAAGCAUCAAACUGAGAGCGCAAGCCAGAUCAAAUUAGAUGUUGUGAAGUCCUUUGAUUUCUGCCCUUGAAGGUUAGGAGUAACCAGGGAUAAGGAAGCGUAAACAAGUCAGAGAUGUUCUCAUUGUUUUAUGGACUUUGGAAGUAUAUGUUUAGUAAGACUGAGUUUCAUGUACUCAUUCUUGGAAUUGACAAGGCGGGGAAAACUACUUUGUUGGAGAAGUUGAAGUCACUGUACUCAAACUUGGAAGGCCUGCCCCCUGAUCGAAUUGUUCCUACUGUAGGCCUAAAUAUUGGUCGUAUUGAAGUGUCGAACACGAAAUUUGUGUUCUGGGACCUCGGAGGUCAGCCUGGUCUUCGUUCAAUUUGGGAGAAAUAUUACGAAGAAGCACAUGCCGUGAUAUAUGUAAUUGAUGCUGCUUGUCCAUCACGGUUUGAAGAUUCAAAAUCUGCACUGGAAAAGGCUCUUCGACACGAGGAUUUGCAAGGAGCCCCUCUUUUGAUACUAGCAAACAAGCAGGAUCUUGCUGAAGCUGUAUCCGCAGAAGAACUUGGUCGAUAUCUUGAUCUUAAAAAGUUGGAUGAAAGGGUUUACAUGUUUGAAGCUGUUUCAGCAUAUGAUGGGAUGGGGAUUAAAGCAGGUGUAGAAUGGUUGGUGGAUGCAAUGGAGAGAAGCAAGAGAACUCAAAUGUUGAGAGUUCGUGCUGGUGUAACUGGCCCUGCUUCUGCAUAGAAGAGACUAUAUCACAUUUCAGUUCGUUUUUCACCUUUUCUUUUUUACAUCUGUAGAUAAAUCAUAGCCAUUAUUGGAUUCUACUUGAUUAAAAAAUAUAUUUUUUUUUUAGAUAUCUUCAACCAAGUAUUGCUUAUUGAAUUU